AUGGCUCGGCCGCAGCAGCGGUACCGCGGCGUGCGGCAGCGCCACUGGGGCUCCUGGGUCUCCGAGAUCCGCCACCCUCUCCUGAAGACGCGGAUAUGGCUGGGCACGUUCGAGACGGCGGAGGACGCGGCGCGGGCGUACGACGAGGCGGCGCGGAUCAUGUGCGGCCCGCGCGCGCGCACCAACUUCCCUCCCGCCGCCGCCGUGGCGGCCGCCGCCGCGUCCUCGUUCCUCUCCGCCGCGCUCGUCACCAAGCUCCACCGCUUCAACCUGGCUUCCGUGCAGGCGGCGCAGCGCCAGAGGGAGGCUGCCGCCGCAGCCGCGGCCUCCGCGGCGGCGGCGGCCGUGGCUGUAAUGCCGCUCGGCAGCGUCAACGGCGAUACUGGGUCGCUGUCGACGACGUCGUCGUCGUCGGGCGCGGAGGGAUGGGGCGGGCGGCACCUGGAGGAGCAGCACGUGGAGCAGAUGAUCGAGGAGCUGCUGGACUCCGACUUCUCCAUGGAGAUCUACCGUUAGACCAAGAGAUUAUCCGGCGAGUGCUCUGCUUGCUCUGCUUCUUCCUUGGCGCGAAUGGUCACGGCGUCUGCAUACGUACGUACUUUCCUGUGCGUGGCUCUCUACGCGAGCCAACUUCAGCGAACUGCGUGA